CUAGAGGACAUCCUUCUAGCCCACAAAUUCUUUAAAUAACACAAAGCUUUGGAACCUAAACGCCACUGUUUUCGCUUUCUUGUCUCCCUCCUCUCUGUAUGUAGCCGGCUUUUGCCGUCUCACUCUCCUUUGUUUAUGCUCCCUCCUUCAUUCUCAACCCUCUUUUAACAGCACACAAAAAUGGCCUAAAAGCAAAACCCAAAUAGAAAAGAUUAGUGUUUUAGGCCCAGAAAGGCACAAAGUUUCCAUCUUUCAUGUUUUGCUUUGGUGUGUGUGUGUAGAUAUCUAUAAAGAUUUAAUCUUGGGCUCUUCAAUUCUUUUAUGGGAAAAGCGCUUUCUAAUAUAUCCAAGCAGCUGGUUCAUCAUCACUCAAAAAAACAAGCAAGAACCACAUCGAUAAUUAAACAGUUCGAGAAGAUGGAAAACAGUUCUGGUUUAGACAAGAGCAGCAGCAACAACGGUACUGGUAACAGCAACAACACACGUGUGCCUUUGUCAGAUGUUGUGUCUGAUUGUAUUAAGAGGUGGUUUAAAGACACACUCAAGGAAGCCAAAGCAGGAGAUAUCAAUAUGCAAGUCUUGGUUAGUCAAAUGUAUUAUAGUGGUUAUGGAGUCCCUAAAGAUGAACAAAAGGGAAGAAUUUGGAUGACAAGAGCAUCAAGGACUAGGUCUUGGGUUUGGAAGGUUUCUAAUAAGCAACCAGGGUAUAAUGCAAGUGAUUCGGAUUCGGAUUCGGAUGAAUUGAAGGGUGAUUCUUAAUUAGACCAAGAAUUGGGUUUCAAAACAAUUGAAAGAUUCUCAGGACUAAGAAGAAUUCACCUCUCCUUCUUUGGGUCAUCUGAAUACUAGACAAGCUGAAGUAUAUAUAAUAGUUCAUCUCUCUCUUUUGUGCUCAAAUAUUCCCAGGCUGGAUGUCCAGCCUAUCCAGCCUUAGAUGCUAAUGGAUGGGGUAUGAAAUCUGACAGAUGCCUGAUAGGAGAGUGUCACUACAAAUAUUCCCCUAGAACUUGUUUAGCGUUUGAGUUGGGGAGCAUCUUUGAACAUAGAAUGUUAGGCUGAGUGUCCAGCCUUUCAGGGAAAUAAACAACAGCUCUCCCCCCUUUCUUCCUUGGCUCUGGAUUCCUGUUUUGUUUCAAAGUGUUUGUGCGGUCAAUUUUCAAUUAUACUACAUUGUGUGAUCCAGACUAAUUUAUUUCCUUGUCCAUCUAAAAAAAAGUAUUAUUUGUAUUUAUAUGUUUUCCACAUUCUUAUACAAUACUUUUAAUAGCGGUAAUGUGAA